CCCUAGUGUUUAUACGUAAAAUUACAGUUCGGUGGCAGUGACAAGCAAAAAUACGAAAAUGGUGCUGGAGAGUACUAUGAUAUGUUUCGACAACAGCGACUAUCAGCGCAAUGGAGACUAUUUUCCAACCCGUCUGAAUGUCCAGAAAGACGGCAUUAAUCUUGUAUGCCUCACCAAGCUGCGAUCCAAUCCCGAGAACAAUGUGGGACUUAUGACUUUGUCCAACACGGUGGAAGUGCUGGCCACGCUAACCAGCGAUGUUGGACGCAUCUUUUCAAAGAUGCACUUGAUCCAACCCAAGGGCGAGAUAAACCUUUUGACUGGAAUCCGCAUUGCUCACUUGGUGCUGAAGCAUCGCCAGGGAAAGAACCACAAGAUGCGUAUUGUGGUGUUUGUGGGAUCGCCCAUCAAUCAUGAGGAGGGCGAGUUAGUAAAGCAGGCGAAGCGUCUGAAGAAGGAAAAGGUCAACGUCGACAUUGUCAGUUUUGGAGACCACGGAAACAAUAACGAGACCUUGACCGCUUUUAUCAAUGCCCUCAACGGCAAGGACGGCACCGGGUCGCACUUAGUUAGUGUCCCUCGUGGCUCAGCAUUGUCGGAUGCUUUGUUAUCUUCCCCCAUUAUCCAAGGAGAGGACGGCAUGGGAGGUGCUGGCUUGGGCGGAAACGUGUUCGAGUUUGGCGUGGACCCCAACGAAGAUCCGGAGUUAGCCUUGGCUUUGCGUGUUUCAAUGGAGGAGCAGCGCCAGAGGCAAGAGAGCGAGCAACGACGUGCCAAUACUGAGACUUCGGGCACCGCUGGAGGCGAGGCUGGUGGAAGCUCUGGCCAAGGAGGAAACGUAGAGAGUGUUGGCGGAAUUGCUGAGGCCAACACCGAAGAGGCCAUGUUGCAGCGCGCUUUGGCCUUGUCCACUGAAACCCCCGAGGACAACUUGCCGGACUUUGCCAAUAUGACUGAGGAGGAACAGAUUGCAUUUGCCAUGCAGAUGUCCAUGCAGGACGCUCCCGAUGACACGGUUACCCAGCAGGCAAAGCGUCCAAAGACCGACGAGGCCAAUGCUCCCAUGGAGGUAGAUGAAGAUUAUUCGGAGGUAAUUGGAGACCCGGCCUUUUUGCAGAGCGUCUUGGAAAAUUUGCCCGGGGUUGAUCCCCAGUCUGAGGCCGUGCGUGAUGCUGUCGGCUCGCUUAACAAGGACAAGGAGAAAAAGGGCGAUGGCAAGGACUCGCAGAAAAAGUAAAACGCAACUAUAACUAUAUCUUAUAAGAUCGUUUAAAACAUUUCUAUCCCCAUUAAAACAUUUGCAAGCCUUUUAAAAUUAUGCUUCAAGUGAAAAUAUAUACACAAAUACACUAAAACUAGCCACUGA